AUGGAGUUCUUACGGCGUCUUGGAGAACGCCACGAGCAGAUCAAGAAGAAGAUUCACGGUACGCGCAUUCCUCUUUCCAAAAACGGCCAGCGUGUCAUGGGACUCGUGUACUUCACGGCGCCAAUUAUCGGUGGCUAUUACGUCAUGAAGUGGGCGCAGCGUCGCGCUGACGCGAAUUUCCAGCUCGAGGAGACCGAAAUUCGUCGAGCUGCUGGGAGCAAUGCCAAGUAUGUUGAACAACAGAACCAGCAACUGAAAAAGAUGUUAAACGAGCGGCAGUAG